AUGUCUCCUCCGGAAAUCCAGGUCCCCCCUUCAGACGUCGUCGGGGAGACGUCUGCGCAAGUAGGACAAAGCGAGGAGCCUCGACACGAUAUAGCUUCAAAGGAACUGAGCAGUGAUGCUAGCCCCAAGGUUGACGAGGCCUCUACGGGUGAGCCAGACUCCUCUCAACACAAGGAGGAUACGGUAGAAGCUUCAAAUGCGGACGAAAAACUCUCGUUGGAAGCUGAAAGUGACGUACAAUCCUCGCCAGAGCCACAGGAACAGCUCACCCUCCAGUCCAAGCGCGGGAACCCCGGCCAGCUGCUACAAGUGGACGUAAAAAGCGGCCGGCCGCCUCUCCCUCCCAAGAAUGACGAGCCAUAUAUCGAUCCCACUCCUAAAACUCCACAGGUUCCACGGCCACCUGCCGACAAGGACCUACCUGAAGUUCCUCAAGAUGAUCUACUGAACGACGGUUGCAGGUCGAAGCCUGGAAGCGAGGAGAGGAAGAGCGAAGAUUCUCAAUCGGAAAUACAGACAAUAAUGGACCAGUUUUCGGAUGAGACCAGCAGCCUCCGCCAGGAAGAAAUCAUGUCUCCAAGACUUGAGUUAGCUGAUCAGUUUCGCGCUGGCCAGGGACAUUACCCUCCUCGGAAUUCGAGUUUAGAGCAGCAGCCUGCAAAACAAAACGAUGAACCCGCAGAUACCCAAGUUACCUCAAGCAUAACGGCCACUGGCAGCGGUCGUCAAACAAUGUCUCCUCCCGCGGUACCACCCAAGUCCCCAUCCCUGACCACCACAGGGAAGUUGACCGCCGUAGAAAAAGCUGAUAGCCACCACACCCCAUCGACGCCAACGUCAACGGUUCCUCCACCCCCAGAACCAGAAGCUGAGCAGCCAUUCGACUUCCACCGCUUUCUAGAACAGCUUCGACAUCGGACUGCUGACCCAGUAGCCAAAUUUCUACGCUCGUUUUUGAAUGAAUUUGGCAAGCGUCAGUGGAUGGUUCACGAACAAGUUAAGAUAAUAAGCGAUUUUCUAGCAUUCAUAACCAAUAAAAUGGCUCAGUGUGAUGUAUGGAAGGGCGUAUCGGACGUUGAAUUUGAUAACGCCAAGGAAGGGAUGGAGAAGCUUGUUAUGAACAGACUUUAUACGCAAACGUUUUCGCCAACUAUUCCCCCGCCGGCCCCCUCGCGAAGUAGAAGUCGAGGGAGAAGAAAGGAAAUAGAGAGGAUGCAUAAUCCAGGUAGACGUGGCCAGCACCAGGAAGAUGUUGAGCGUGAUGAGAUUUUGGCCCAAAAGGUCCGGAUAUACAGCUGGGUUCGCGAAGAACAUCUUGACAUCCCACCUGUUGGUCCAAAUGGCCGCCGUUUCCUACUUUUGGCUCAACAAGAAUUAUUGAAGAUUAAGGGAUACCGGGCGCCGCGUGAUAAAGUAAUAUGUAUUUUGAACUGUUGUAAAGUUAUCUUUGGAUUAUUACGCCAUGCGAAGAACAGCGACACCUCCGCGGACUCAUUCAUACCUUUAUUGAUAUACGUGGUUCUAAGGGCGAACCCUGAACAUCUAGUGUCCAAUGUACAAUAUAUUCUCCGGUUCCGUAACCAAGACAAGCUGAGCGGAGAGGCUGGAUAUUAUUUGUCUUCUCUUUCCGGAGCUAUACAAUUCAUAGAAAGCCUGGAUAGGACAUCUUUAACUGUCAGUGACGAGGAAUUUGAACGAAAUGUAGAAGAGGCCGUCUCUGCCAUAGCGGAGCGUAAUCCAGAGCCCGAGGAAGCACCGUCCGUUCCGGAGAAGCCGUCUGCCAGCAGAUCCCGAGAAGCACCAUCGAGGCCUUCCCUUGAAACCAGCUCGAAUUCACGGCAGAAAGAGACCUCGCCCCCGUACUCUCCCGUUUCUGAGGAUAAUACUCCUGUUGCCGGAUUGCUCCGAACGAUCCAAAAGCCACUGACAACAAUUGGUCGCAUAUUCUCUGAUGAUACAGAUUACUCUAGAGAACGAUCGCCGUUUAACCAGCAAAGUUCUGCGGCACCUGAGAAUGUGCCCUACCACACACAGCGCCAGGACAGCGACUCAUGGAGAAACCAAGAGCGAUCGAGAGGCCGUGAUGCAAAGUCACCAUCGGCAACGACCCGCUUUGAAGCCCAGGAGGCUGCUGCUCGUCAAGCAAGUGCCGAGUCUGCAGAGGCUCGUCGUAUCCAACGAGCUGAGCACAACGAUGUUGUCGAGACUCUAGCCGGCAUGUUCCCGAAUUUGGAUCGGGAUUUGAUCGAUGACGUCGUCACCAUGAAAGAAGGACGAGUUGGUCUUGCAGUCGAUGCCUGUCUUGCACUCAGCGCCGACUCUUGA